UAGAAAUUUGAAAUGUGAAAGAAAUUAGAAGCACGAGUUUGGCGGUUGGGCCCAUUCGAAUUUCUUCCUUACACACAUAAUUUCCUGAAUCGCUAGCUGUUUCCCCCUAAUAAAUAAUCCGCAUUUCAUUAAUUUCCCCUCAUAUUUAUAACCAUAGUUAGAGUUGAAUACUGAAACGAAGCAACCUCAACACACAUCCAAUCUCUAUAACCACACCACAGCCAUAGCCAUGUUCUCCACCACCACCAUUGCCUACCCACUGAUGCUCGCAAUCGUGAUGGCGGCGGCGGCAACCGCGCAAUCACCUGCGCCGGCGCCGGCGGUGGAGGCGCCGGGGCCGUUUUACCCCGUUGCACCUGCGCCGGCGCUGGAUUGCUUCACAUAUCUAUUAAACCUUUCGGAUUGCCUGACAUUUGUGCAGGAGGGCAGUAAUCUGACCGAACCGGACAAGGGUUGCUGCCCGGAGCUGGGCAAUUUGGUCGAUACGCAGCCAAUCUGCUUGUGCCAGCUGUUGGGCGACCCCUCGCAGGUUGGGAUCAGCGUUGAUGUCGAUCGAGCUCUUAAGCUGCCUUCUCUCUGCAAUGUCACAACCCCUCCGGUUAGCUUAUGUGCAGCCAUCGGUAUUCCAGUAUCAGCUCUCGCACCAAGUGAAGCCCCUUCACCUGGUGGAGGUGAAACAGCAUCGCCGCCAUCUCCCGGUGGGGAUGAUGGAAGCGCAACCAGUUUAGUCUCAAAGCACCAUUUCCUCAUUGGAUUAGCUUCUCUUUUCUUCAUAUAUUUCUUCUAAUUCUUCCAUUCUAAUUUCUAUGUAUUUCUCAUAUUCAUCGAGAUUAAUAUCUUCAUUUCAUCAUUUAUAUGUUGUAGCUAAUUGAUUACACAGUUUCAUCAUAUCUCCACCUAUUAUCAGUAACA